UUCUUUUGCUGGCUGAGGUGGGGCGGUGGGGAGGUCCCCAAGGGGUUCUUCCUUUCAAGAUCAGGUCCCAUUUGUCCCUUUGCACUGGCUCAGGGAACGGCUGGCUGGCCAGGGGGCAGCACCCACAGUGGGAGUGGAUUUCAAGUUCGUGAGUUCGUUCAGGAAACUUGCAUUGGCUUUAGAAAUGCUGGAGGGGACAAGAGAGAGAGGGCUCACCGCACUCUAAGGGUGCUCCUGGGCACCCCAAGUCCGGAGGCAGAGGGGACCUGGCAGCAUUCACUAAGAAGGGGUGUCUUCCUGGAAGGCUUCUUGGAGUAGAUACUACCACGCGACUCCUGCUGGGGGCCAUUGCGGUCCUGCUGUUCGCCAUCCUGGUGGUGAUGAGCAUCUUGGCCUCCAAGGGCUGUAUCAAGUGCGAGGCACCCUGCCCAGAGGACUGGCUGCUCUAUGGAAGGAAGUGCUACUUCUUUUCUGAGGAACCGAGAGACUGGAACACGGGCAGACAGUAUUGCCACACCCAUGAGGCUGCGCUGGCUGUGAUCCAGAGCCAGAAGGAGCUGGAAUUUAUGUUCAAGUUCACGCGGAGGGAGCCCUGGAUUGGUCUGCGCAGAGUUGGGGAUGAAUUCCACUGGGUCAAUGGGGACCCGUUUGACCCAGACACAUUCACCAUCUCAGGCCCAGGCGAGUGUGUCUUCGUGGAGCCCACCAGGCUAGUGUCGACGGAGUGUCUGACGACCCGGCCCUGGGUGUGCAGCAAGAUGGCCUACACGUGACAGGGAAAGGCCAGAAGUGGAGGGAGGCAUCUGCUCCGAGACCAGCCUCCAGCGGAGCUGCCUGUCCUCUCCUGGGGGAAGAGGUCGGUGGGAGCACCUGUCCCUGUCCUGUGCCCUUUCAGGCUCUAAAGCUCCUGAAUCCCUGGUUCCUGGCCUCCUUGUCCCCAGGCAGGUCCUGCGGCUCAGCAGUUGAAUCCCAUAUGUUAAGUAGCGUGGCCAUCUUUCCCCCAUACACAAAGGAACGCACAUACAUGCACAAGCACACACAUGCAGUCCCUUCCAAACAGCGUCCCUCAGCCGACCCGCAAGGCCUUCCCCAGACCUGCCUGGAACCCUCCCACCCCUGGUGCUGUGGGGAAGGCUGGUGGCUGGCAGGGCAUCCGACUAUCACCUGUCAUGGGCUCUGCAGGCUUGCCAUUCUCCAGAGUGCUGGGGGUGGCAGGUGGCAGGUGUCCCCUCACCUCGGCCAGCCCUGCCCAGGGUUUGGAGGCCCUGAGUCCACCCUCUUUGCCUUCCCGGGGUCCCUGGGCAGGGCCCCCAGCUGUGUCCGUGGUGCUGUUGUAUUGGUCACUAACGGAAUAAAGAGAUGACUGGCA